GCGGCCUCUUAGCCAAAGCGGGGGAGCCCUCUCCCCUGCAGCUCUUCCCCCUGCCGGGGGCGGGGGAGAGGAGGAGGAGCAGUGGUGGUGGGUGCAGGAGCUGCAAGGAGAGGAGGCAGCAGCGGCAGCAGUAGCAGCUUUUCAAGGGCCGGCCGCACUCAGCCAUGUCGGCCGGAGGCGUCGGCACCCCCAAAUCCCUGCCCUCCUCCGGGCCCAAGUCCCUGCAGGACAUGCCGCACCCUCUGGCCGGCCCUAGCAGCGAGGAUAUAGCGGGCGGUGAACUCACCCCCAGCCCGGACCUGCAGUUGCCCCGCAGCAUCGCCGACAAGGACCUCAGUUUGCCUAAUGGUGGAACUCCUGCAGGCACUUCCAGUCCAGCUUCUUCUUCUUCGCUUCUCAACAGACUUCAGCUAGAUGAUGAUCUUGAUGGUGAGACCAGAGACCUAUUUGUCACUGUUGAUGAUCCCAAGAAACAUGUCUGUACAAUGGAGACCUAUAUCACAUAUAGGGUCACUACAAAGACCAGCCGGAUAGAAUUUGACUUGCCAGAAUAUUCUGUGCGUCGGAGAUAUCAGGAUUUUGACUGGCUGCGGAACAAACUGGAAGAAUCCCAGCCUACCCAUCUCAUUCCCCCUCUUCCAGAGAAAUUUGUGGUAAAAGGAGUUGUGGAUCGUUUUUCUGAAGAGUUUGUUGAAACUAGAAGAAAAGCUUUGGAUAAAUUCUUAAAAAGAAUUGCAGAUCACCCAGUACUCUCCUUCAAUGAACACUUUAAUGUUUUCCUCACAGCGAAGGAUCUUAAUGCCUACAAAAAACAAGGAAUGGCGUUACUCUCCAAGGUUGGGGAGUCGGUCAAAUAUGUCACUGGAGGCUAUAAGCUGAGAAGUCGACCCCUAGAAUUUGCAGCUAUGGGUGAAUACUUAGAUACAUUUGCCCUAAAACUCGGAACCAUUGACCGAAUAGCUCAGAGGAUCAUCAAGGAAGAAGUAGAAUACCUGGUAGAACUCCGAGAAUAUGGGCCUGUGUACUCCACGUGGGGUGGCCUCGAGAUGGAGCUGGAAGAGCCCCUGGAGGGCGUCUCAGCUUGUAUUGGAAACUGUUGUACCGCUCUGGAGGACCUGACUGACGACAUGACGGAGGACUUCUUGCCAGUGCUCAGAGAGUACAUUUUGUACUCUGAAUCCAUGAAGAAUGUAUUAAAGAAGAGAGACCAAGUCCAAGGAGAAUAUGAAGCAAAAUUGGAAGCCAUUGCUUUGAAAAAGGAAGAGCGCCCCAAGGUGCCAGCCGACGUGGAGAAAUGUCAGGAUCGAGUGGAAUGUUUUAACGCCGACCUCAAGGCCGACAUGGAGAGAUGGCAGAACAACAAGAGGCAGGACUUUCGGCAGCUACUCAUGGGAAUGGCUGACAAAAAUAUCCAAUAUUAUGAGAAGUGCCUUACGGCGUGGGAGUCGAUUAUACCGCUGCUACAAGAGAAGCAAGAGACCAAAUAAGUUCCUUCCAACAAAGAGACCCUUCUGUCUACACCAGUGCACAGUGCCCCUCACUGGGCAGUCCAUUUGCUAUGUACUUACUGACUGACUAAGUACCACCUGGCAGGUGGCAUUUGGAAACCAGCCAAUUUGGAACUUUUGUGGCUUUAUGCUUUUUUUUCCCCUCUUCAGUCCUUGACCCAGUUCUUCUUUCAUAUUAAUAUUUCUUCCCACUCUGUAUUCCUUAUCUAUUUCCUGGUUGGACCCCGAGUGCCUGGUGGAUUCUUUAUGGAUUUCAUCAUUUCUUAUUAAA